UAUAUAAUUAUUAUUCUCACUGUUUAUUCAUAUUCUUAUUAUGAUGCUAAUGAUUGUAGACUUGGCUGUGCUGAGGAGUGUGUAUAUUUAAAUAGCGUAUACAGAAGAUUAGAGGUUCUAUUUUAAAGAAGUGGUACCCACCGAUCGUUGGGGCUACUCCUCGCCGCACAGCGAGCAUCUCUACCUGAACGAACUGUGACCCCUGCGAAACUACAAGUGGCGUGGGAGGGGUGAGGGUGGGUCAUCCGGAGUACAGCACGCUCUGUUAAAACACAUUCAUUGGUGCAGGAAACACAAACUCGCCCUCCGCUGGACCCCAGCGUGUUUAUGAAUUAUUUUUAAUGGCCGCCUCACAGCCAAAGGACACAGAGUUUUGCUACUUUGCUGCACCGCUGGAAAGACGUUUGCAGGGACGGACCCAGAGAUGGAGGACUGUGCUCAUUCUGACGCCUCGACCAGGCUGACUUGAUGAGUGUUUGUGCGUGCGCGUGUGUGUUAAAGUGGAUUAUAGCACAGAUGUGCCCCACAGUGGGCCUUCAAGCCUUGGACUUAAUUGAUGCCCAAAAAUGAUGCCUACUCCCAUGCUAGGACUCUCCUUCUUGCUUCCCUGACCCCAGUGUGCCAAACUUAAUCAUAUUUUCCAUGUAAGCCCUUUCGUUGUCACUAAGGGGGUGUUUUUGUUUGUUUAUUUGUUUUUUUAUGUAUUGCCUGUAAAAGGGAAAAACCUCCAUUGCCCCUAGGAUGAUACACGUUCUCAUAUCUAGCACAGUGAGAAGAGGGCUAAACAGGUAAAUGCUGAGCACCCAGUCCUCCAGGGAGCCUGCCCACCUGCCCUGCAAAGCAAUAAAAACCUCACGAUUCAGUGUCAAACUCCUCCCCUGAUGUUUCUGAUAAAAUGCUUCAGUUUAAGGGUGAUUGCAGCAUCAACAGCUGAAGACUGUUGUACUCGCCUAAAACCCGACCUACAGCAUCCAAAGGGGCCACAAUAUAGCAAUACAAAUACACUAAUUUCCAGGUUAGAAUUUCAUUUUAUACACUUACAGUACUGGAUGGGGGGGUAAUUACCCCAUCUACACACACCAAUGACAGGAAAGUUAUCAGAUAAAUAAAGUUUCCUGUGAUUGACUACUUCUAAUCAAUAGGUCCUCCCCGAUCAAAAGAUUACAAAAGUACUUUUUGACCGGCUUUAUUUAUUUCAUCCCUUUUAUCGUUUUCUGGCUCCAUAAACAGAAGUUCCCCCUGGUUGCUUAUCCAACCACAGCUUGUUCUAAUUUCCAAAACAACCUUUAGAGAUGUUUUAGGUUAUGUGAUUCACCUCACCAGGGAUCACGUGCUCGCCCCACUGUUUAUAUCAUCUUUCGUUUUGAUAACACCUUCUGUAAGGUUUUUUUUUCCCCGUCGUUGAGUUUUGAUUUUACUGGUUUUGAUUUUGUUUAACAAAUUCGGAGGCAUAAAGCGAGUUGCAUGUUAAUCGGUGGCGUCGGAGCUGUGACACUCUCUCGCUCUGUACCUGUAUGUGCUCACUGUGUCACGUUUUAGUCUGAGUCCUAAAUCUCGCUCAGGUACUUUAUGAGCCACCGCAAACCAACGACGAGCAACUGCCAGCCUCCCAAGUGUCUGCAGCAUGAUCACGUGCAGUCACAUGACCGAGUGCGUUGUCACUCCAGAGAUCAUGGACAUUUUAUACAUAAAUGUCAUUGUGGUGCUGUUUGGUAAGGAGGCCUCUCUUAUUCAAAGGGAAGCUCUGAGUUUGUUUGUUUAUUUUGUGCAGUAUCACCAUCGACGUGCCUCUCCUUUGGGGCUGCUGCUUUGCUUAUUUAGCUUUUUAAAAUCUUUUUUUCUUUUUCUGUUUUGUAAUUUUCUGUUUUUAAAUCUGCUGGCAUUUUGUUUGCCUUAACCUCAGUGAGGUGGAAUGAAAAGAAAGUGGGAGACAGCCUUACCCUCACACACACAAACAAACACACACACACACACACACUUUGCUAUCAUGCCCCGUCUCAUCGCCAAUUUACCCUAACAGCUGCUCCCUCCUUUCUUUCCUGCCAUGCCCACCUCACCCCUCUGCAUCAGUUGUCCAGAGCUUUGCUUUUCCCCAAAGAAGGAAUGGACUUGUGAACUGGGAACAAACACCAUACAGUCUGCAUUUAAGCGGCUGCAGUUGCAGUCACCACAUUAGUCCCCACCAUCACCCCGUCACUGAGCUCUUUAGCGCUCUGCAUGGUUUGGCAGGCCUCACCUGCUUCACCGGCUCAGCCACAAUUAUGUAUUUUGGCGCUGGGCCAUUUGCUCAGAAUCACUUUCAUCUCUAAGUAUCCUGCUUUGAGUUUUAAGAUUUUAGAUCUGGAGAAAAAGAAGAGACUUGAACAAAGUAGUAAAAGAAACAUGAAAACAAUCAGGUCUGUCUCUGUGACUGCUUUGCUGACUGUGGUUUAUAAGUCAGGAGAUCAAAUAAACCAAAUACAACACCGGAUUUUGUCUGUUCCUGACAUUUUACACAUUAUCAUGCUUUGCUCCACUCAUCUUAAUCUCAAACAGUUCAUAUGUGUAUCAGUAUAUCAAAGCACAAAUGGGAAUUCUUCUUUAGAAUAAACAACAAAACUGAAUGUUAUGCUGCGUUGAAGCCUCUGUUGGGAACAAUAAAGUGCACCCCAAGUGUGAUUUAUGAUUGCCACAUCUGCAAGGGUAGCGAGAGUCAUCACGGCAAAAAUGACCCCGGCCCUUUCGCAGGGGUUCCAUGCAGCGUCUUCACCUAUCCAUGAAGAUCCAACGUUUUUUAACUAUUCAGAUAAAAUGGAGAACUUUGAAUGUUAAAUCGCCGCGAGGGGAAACCUGUACGGAGUAUGAAAGAUACAAACAUUUCCACGUCGGCUAAUGUCAGUGCUGAGGCUGUAUUUAAUAUCUUUAAAUAUGAAAUUUAAACAUCAAAUAAUGACACAGAAUUGAGCUGGUUAUUUUAAAUAUAUGUAGAUUUAUAUAUAUUACAAUUUAUCUUGCUUUUGGUAGUGCUCUUCCAUGUCGAAAGGAGCCCACAAAAGAUAAUGAAAAAAGUAGUCAAAAAUCAAGGCAGUCGAGGUGACUGGAGCCCAAAGGUUGUUUUUUUUCGCAGACUUGACCAAAAAGUUCAUCCAGAGCCCGAGAUGACAUAACUGUGUCCCAGGCUGAGUAGAACUGAACAUUACUAUUUGUCAACAUUUACUUUAAGUUUCACAAGGGGCAUGAACAGCGGUCGGACGAAGACCCUGUGUUUGUUUGACCCCCCUGCACAGUGUGGAGUAUCUCGCUCUUUAUACUACGCCAGUUGCUCCGCCUGUCUAAUAAUGAAGCAGGUGGGUUUACAUUGGAGAUAGUUCAAAGCCCGGUGCGUCACACACGGACGCUAAAGGGUGCCUCUGUGUGUCAGUUACUGACGGCAUGGGGCACUGGCCAACGGUCCGUGAGAACGGGUUGCUUUGUCAGCACUGUUGCCGUUGAGCCACCAGCUCAGCCGUCGCCAUCUUGAGAGCUCUGAAUUAAAGUAGUUUCUUAUUAUUUUACUUUUUGUAUUCAUAUGAAUUUAUUCUGUAUUUAGUCAUGUCAAUUUAUUUGAUAUUGAACACCUGUUCAGAUAGGGAUCAUUUGAUUCAAUUUACAUCUUAGUUUAGAUCAAGUCAUCGACCAACCACAGAAGUCAACGGUGACAGUUCUCAGUAGUUGACGAGGGGUUCUCCUGGGCCAGUCAUGAAGAGAAGAAUGUGUGCCAGUAACAAUAGCUCCACCUACAUGUGUCCUGAAGGAGCCAGCUGAGAUUUAUGUCUGUGAAAACACUUCUCAGUAGCUGAGCUAAACCAUUGUCUUCCCUUCAGGAAAUGGGCGUUGCUACACAAUGACUGUUUCUCCUGACUUGUUCGUCUCUCUACCUGCACCGACCCAGCCAGCCAAGGUCAGAGGUCAAAGGCCUGACUGUGCUACUGCAGCCCAAGUAAUACAACAUUAUUGUAACCAUUUAAAACACACAUACAUGAAGGAGACCCCAGAAGAACAUUCCACAACAGCAAAGAGCCGGGUGGCACGAACUUCCUGAGGAAACAACACUCACUUCCUGGCAAAUUAAGCCAAGCCGACGGCUGCUCGGGUUGAUAACCGCCACUGCUGGCUGACCACUGAGUGGCCGAGGUAGAGCACCACCUUUGUGUCCGCUCCCACCCACCAGAAUCAGAUCUGCCCCCCACACACCACCCAUCAACCAGCAUAGUCACAAGUCUGUUAACCACCAGGACAGCCAGCAGCGUUGGGAGCCUCAGUGUUCCUCAGACAGGAUGGGCCUUCUACUACUGCUCACCUCCAUGCUCCUGUCCAGCUACUACCUUCCAGGGAGCGAGGUGAACGCACAGCGCCUAUUCACGAUAAGAGACAUCACCCUGUACAUCGAGCCCAGGAAUGACGUGACCCGCGACACCAAUGUGACACUGAGAUGCAAGGCCACUGUCAGCAGCUUUGGGCUGGAGGCGCUGAGUCGUGAGUACACUAUAUACAAGGACAGCAACACAGUCUACACCAAGACCUCCAGCACCUCGGAGGACCUUCUGUACCCUCUGUCCGAGGCCAGAGUCUCCAACACCGGCAAAUACACGUGCAAGAUCAACAUUGAGGGGAAACAAAUUACCUCCGGAGCCAAGAAACUCACAGUAACAGGCCUGUCAAAACCAGUUCUCCACCUUAACAAGGGUGUGGUCACUGAAGGGGAGGAGAUAACGGCCACGUGUACGGCGCCCGGCGAGACAGGCUCCUUCUACUUCUACUUCUACGAGAACUCCACAGAGAUCCUGGAUAAGCAGGUCAACUCUAACCAGGCAGAGGCCAAGCUACACUUCAGCAGCGCUGGCAUCCACAGAAUUCACUGUGCCUAUACUGUCCUCAUAACGCCAGACUUCUCGAAGUCUGAGGAAAGCAACACUGUCACUGUUUCAGUCAAGGAGCUUCCUAUCAACGCAGUUUUGGAGAUCUUCCCUCAGACCAAGAUCUAUGAAGGAGACCAACUCUUCAUCUCGUGCACCGUCAGAAACGCUCUGCACACCUUGAAGAGUAGUCAUCUAUACCUGAGCCGGGGGAACCAGCUUCUCAGCAGGGGAGACACUAAAGUCAACCACAGCAGCGUUGCCCUGGCCAAGGACCCUGGGGAGUUUGAGUGCAGAUUAGAGAUGGGAGAUGUUGUGAAAUUUGACACAAAGACGAUUUCAGUGACUGAGCUGUUUGCGGUGCCCACUCUCACCAUGUCUCCUGCUGAAGUCUUUCAAAAGGAAUAUAUGACGUUAACCUGUAAAAGUGAGAGCUCUGCCUCUGAAAGACUCAACAUGGAGGAGUUGACUUACACUCUUGAUCCACCUGGAAGCCUACUGAUCUCCAAAGGCACUGGAAUAUUUUCUGGCAGUGCCUUCCUGUAUGAUUUCAACUAUACCUGUGUCGCUCAAGCCAAGGGCAUCGUGAAGAACAGUGAGACCCUGACUGUCCGUCCUAAAGUUCCUGUCUCCACUCCAAAGAUCUCGGUGGUUGGCAGAGCAGUCCUAGGACAGCACUUCAAGAUCCUCUGUCAGUCGGACAUUGGCAGCCUGCCAAUAAACUACACCCUGCUGAAGGGCUUCGACCAACUGAGCACUACCAUUGUCAAGCAGCCCUUUCAACAAGCUCUCUUCACAAUCAGCAUCAACAAGCCUGAUGAAAUAAGCAAGUUCAUGUGCGAGGCAAAGAAUCGGAACAAGGAAGCCCCGCUCAGUAAAAGACUCAACGCUACCGUCAUAGUGCCUCUGACGCACCCAAUUCUUACUGUCAUCCCCGACCUACCGGAAAUAUCUGAGGGAGAUGAUCUCUUCCUCAUAUGUGGUGUUAAAGGCUCUCCGCCGGUCACCUUUAAGUGGUACCGUGUUGGCAACGAACAGCCGCUGUACACCACCACAUCCAACAAGAACAACACGUACUACCGGGUCCACAGUUUAUCCAAAGAGCACAGCGGCGUGUACUACUGCGAGGCUGUCAACCACGCCAACAAUGUCGUCAGCAGUGACCGUGUCACCAUAGAGGUGCGCCUCGCGUUGUGGAAAAAAGUGCUGAUCGGUGGUUUCUGUGUUCUGGCCGUGUCUGUGUUGGUGGUUGUGUGUGUGCUGUGCUUCAGAUCCAAGAGAGGUAAAAGCACAGAAGCAGCUGCUGAAUUGUCAGUAAAGCCUGCGAGCCCUAAAUCAGAUGACUCUUUAACAGUGAAUCUAACCCACGACACAGAGGUUUAUAACGCAGCAACAGGAGCAGCGCCAGUCUAUGAUGGCAUGGAGGGGAGAGGGACCAAUGGGGCGCGAGAUAGCGUGGCGUCACUUCCCGUUGACAUCAGCAACAGGAGCAGCUACAGUUUCCCAGCAACAGUGUAGAGAUGCCCCACAAUGGGCGGGACUUGAAUUAUACUUUUUAUAAACUUUCAAAGCAAAACGAAGUUCGAUGAAAGGACUUUGAGAGCAAGAAUGGAAAAGAACACAAGAGGCAGUAAUGUUUGUGAUGUCAAGUGUUGUAGGAUUUGGACACACUUUUUUUUUCACUGAUGAGUUUUCUCAGUGAAAAGGAGGGGCGUGUUAUGAAACAAUAGAAACCAGGACCUGCUGCUCCCUCUCCCCUCCUCCUGCAAUUUAGAUGGCCUUUGAUUUUAUUCUCAACAUUGCUGUCUUUGUCCUUUGUUUCUUCCAUCACCACGUCUGUGGGAUUUUGUGUCUUUUAUUGUUGCAACUGCUCUGUUUGUCUGAUGUGCAUGUCUAAAUGGCCUUGGUGACAGAUUGAUUAAUUUGUGUAUACAUUUUAUCACCAUCACAGGAAAUGUGUGUAUAUAUUUUUGGUUUAUCCAGUGACCGGUGGGACACUUGUAGAAUAAAGACGUUGGUUUUAUUUAGAAGUGUGUCAGUACCAUUCAUUUUGCUCCAGCUGUUGUAUCUGAGGCAAAAAACAGUUUAUACUGCACAAAAUGCUUUCCAAGAGAACAUUAUUAUUAUUAUUAUCACGCCUGUAUUAAUCUUACAGUAACCAUACUAAGCACAGAUCUAAGACAAGAAUUCCAACAUAACAUGAAGUUGAUUCAUUACCUAAAAAAAAGGAACGCACAACAGAGACUUCCUUGAAAUGUUGAAGUCCCCAAAAAGUCUGUUGGCACAGAGCAGGUCAGUGUUGAUGAAACUGGUGGUGGAGGGUGGAGGGUGGGGCUUAUCUUGUUUCAAGCUAGGCAAGUUUGAAUGCAUGCAGCAGGUGGAGGAAAUGAAUCACAUGUGGUUUGCUUGAGCUGUGUGUGAGAUUACAUUACCAACUGGGUAAAAGUUGUUUUAGCCAGAACGUAUUGUGCAGCCGCUGCUGAAUUAACAUCCUAAUGUGCAGAAGGCAGUAGCAGAUUUCUGUAUUUACCAGACUAGCUUUAUUUUAAGAGCAAGCAAGCAAGCCUCCACUAAAGCCCAAGUUGUAGAUAUGUGCCACAAAAAAUGUCUCCGCAUCUCUCAGUUAUUGCUUUAUGAACAGAAUAUAAUCUUGAUAUUUGACUUUUGCUCAUGUGUAAUAUGCUUAUUCACUUGCUUGCAGAGAGUAAUUUGAGAAGACUGUUACCACUCUAAUGGCUGACUUUUUAAUAUGAAACUACAGCCAGGAGACAGUUAGCUUAGCUAAAGUUAGCAUGAAGACUGGCGCUGUAAAAAAGGUUUUAAAAUAAUAAUUCAAAAAACAAAAUAAAAUUCUAAAAAUCAAAAUGACAAGUGACCCUUCUGUAAACCCACAUACAUUUUUACACUUUGGUUUUUGUAUGGGUUAACCAAACAAAGGUUCCAAGAUUUUUCUUUAACCUUUGGACAGAACUGGUCAAUCUGUUUCCAGACGUUAUGUUAAGCUAAGCUAACUGGUUGCUGGCAAUACCUUCAUAUUUAACAGAUUUAAAGAGUGGUAUCAUUUUUACUAUGUAACUCUCAGCAAUAAAGCAAAUAUGCGUGUUUCCUUAAACUUCCUCUAAGACACUUCAUAGAUGUCAGCUGACAUCAUACAUUGGCAAUGUGUCGUUUUACUGCUCUUUAUUAAGGUAUAUUUUUUAUUCUAAUUAGUGCAGAAUUCUUACAACGUAAUUAAAGUUUGUCUU